CAGGAAAUGACAUCAUACCUGGUGAAUUAGGAGCCUGCUAAACAAAACAAUUUUAGAGACUGUAGCCUCUGCAGGUAUCGUGCAAAGUGUGACAAUGAGGACAGUACCACAGUGGGCAGACACAGCACUAGCUAAAGAUGAAACCAUUAUGAAAUGCAGUCCUAAUACAGAAAAACUGCAGCUGCAGAGGCAGAACAUUGUAAAGUCCAGAAGUGAAUCAAGAAAAGUGAAUGGAUUUACAACUACAGACUAUGCAAACUGCUUCUUAAGUAAUAAAACAAGCAAAAGAGCAAGCAAUGCGCUGUAUCAGGUGUCCACAGUAAAAAGACCACUGGAGCUGAUAGCAAGGAGUUCAGCAGGGGCACAAACCCUACUGAAUUUGCAACGGAUUAAGACUAGGAGAACAGGGGAACAGAGGGAGCUUAAAAUGGAACUUGAACUUCCAUGGUCAGAAACUUUGCAAGUACCCAGACACGAUAGCAAAAGUAGUACUUGCAUAUUUGGAAGCAGUGGAAGAGAAGGACCGCUAUCCAUACAGAACUUAAGUCUUCCUCCCUUAAAAAGUGAGGAUGAUAUUGAGGCAUACCUUACCAUGUUUGAAAAAAUGGCCGCCAGCUAUCAGUGGCCAGCCAAACAGUGGGUGAGUUAUCUAGUGCCUUAUCUAUCUGGGAGAGCUCAGAUGGCAUACAGCAACCUUGAUGCCAGGCAUGCUGAAGAUUAUAGCCAGGUAAAAGAUGCCAUCCUGCAGGAAUACAAUAUAAAUGAAGAGACUUAUCGACUCCGAUUUCGAACAUACCAGUAUAAUCUUGGAGAUAGCCUCCAUGACGUUUACAGUUGUUUGAGAGAAUUAUUUGCAAAAUGGGUAAAGCCAGAGCAAACGACAGUGCAGCAAAUCAUGGAAAUAAUGAUUUUGGAGCAGUUUAUUGAAAUACUUCCUCGUGACAUGCAGAUGUGGAUAAAAACACAUCACCCUCAAACUGGUGAAAAGGCCAUAUUGCUAGCCGAAGAUUUCCUGUUGUCUGCACAUGACCUGAAAAGUGAAUCCACAUUGGACUGGGCAGUUGAGAAGCUACUUUCCCAUACUGAGAAGAAGCCUGGGAGAAGUAGCAAGCUCACAGAAGGUUAUCUUAAACAGGGACCUGUAGAAUUUGAGGAUAUUGCUGUCUUUUUUUCUGAAGAGGAAUGGAAUAUUCUUACUGAUGCUGAGAAAGAACUGUAUAGAGAUGUGAUGAAAGAGAAUUAUGAAACUGCAACUUCGAUUGGUCUGCAUAUUCCGGAACAUUAUACUGAACUGUUGACAAAAGCAGAGGAUUCUACUCGUGAUUCAGAGAGUUUGGGAGAGGCUAAACUGCAGGACUUUCAGCCUAAGGAGGGUACCCAUACUGCUAGGACAGGUAGUAUACUUUCUAAUGAGGAGUCAAAAGAGACAAAAGUAAGCAUAGAACCUUCUGUAACCAUCAUAGAGGAAAGGCUGUAUCAGUGCCAUCAGUGUGAAAAGAAUUUCCAUGAUGCAGACCAGUACAGGAUGCACUGUGAGAGUCAUAGUGAAGAGAAAUUAUACAAGUGCAAUGAAUGUGAAAAGCAUUUCCGUCAUCAUAGCAGUCUCAGAUCUCACCAGCAGAUUCAUGUUGGAGAACAGACGAAUAAGUGUACAGACUGUGACAGCAGUUUUACUUACCUGAGUGACCUUCGCAAACACAGGCGGAUUCACACCGGAGUAGGACCAUAUAACUGUGCAGUGUGUGAAAAGAGAUUUACACGAGUAAGUGAUCUUGACAUGCACUUACAGAGUCACUGUGACAGAAAGCCAUCUAAAUGUGAAGACAGUGAAAUGCGUAUUAUUCAGCAUCCUGGAGUUUGCAAACAACAGCAGAACAUUGGUGAUGCAGAAACAAAUCAUUGCAGUUUGUCUGGGACAAACAUUGCCAAUUUAUCCAGUCUAAACCUUCAUAAACCAGAUUACCCUUUCAAGAUGCCGUAUAAAUGCAUAACUUGUAAAAAAGGUUUUAUUAACUUGUACUUAUUCAGAAGACAUCAGUGUCGUCAGUCUGACAGACGAUCUUGUCAGUCAGCUGAUAACAUGGAAACAUUGAAAAAGUAGUUUGUCAGGAACUGUAUUAGUAGGAUGAUGCACGUAAACAUACUGCUGAUAUGAGUGGUUUCUUAUGAACAUAAAAAAAUUGUUAGUGACAUAGUGCUUGGAUAAGGACAAGAAUUAAACACCACAAAGAACUUGUUGUGGCAUUUUUGUAUUCCCCAUUUGAUGAUGCAUAAUGCAGAGCCCAUUUAAAAAUGUCUUUGGAAGCAAAUAUUUGAUCUAUUGAUGUAUUAUUUUCAAUAUUGCAUUACUUGAAAGAAUCAGAAUAAAUGUUAACGACACAAUGUUAAACAUAAUGUCAAUUUGGUAUUGCAUUACUGUUGUAAUGUUGUUCAUACCCUUUUACAAAAAUUAAAAUGAUAAUAACUGUUGAA